AUGCUAUGUGAACACAGCUACCAUCUGAAGUGUCUUGGAGCCGAUUACGAUCUUACGGGAUAUUGUCGACAAUGUAGUGUACCUUCAGAUAAUUUAAGCAUUGAUUUUGAAGAGUUAAAUAUCUCUCCAAAGCUGGCUAAAGUAAUCGAGCUUUGUGGUCUUAAAAUCUUGCACCAGAAUAUUCAAAGUCUCCGUUGCAAAAUUGACGAACUGAGACUUCUGUUACAUAAGCUUAACUCUGGUGUUCAGUUGUUGGCUCUAACAGAGACGUGGGCUAAUCGUAAUAUAACGGAUGAGGAAUUAGAAAUACCGGGGUAUAACUUGUAUCGAAAGGAUAGAGGAUGCAAAGGCGGAGGAGUAGCAGUAUUUGUCAGAAAUGAUUUGGUAAUUACGAGGAGAGAGGAUCUGGAGAAGUCGGAUGUUGAAGGACUUUGGCUGGAGAUAACUUUACCAAAAUUGCGUAGUUUUCUCCUGGGAACAUUUUAUCGGGCGCCGAAUUCUUCAACUUACUAUGAUAAUAACUUUAUGUUUAAACUAGAAGAUAUCCUGGACAUUGCUGUCUCACAAAACCAGGAAGUAAUUUUAUUAGGUGACUGGAAUAUCGAUUUCUUGCAACCCAAAGCUACCAUUGCUGAAUGUAAACAAUUGAAAGCGCUAUUUCGGACAUUGUAUUUUAAACAACUGAUCAAUGAACCGACUAGAAUUACUAAGGACUCACGCACACUUAUAGAUUUGAUAGCUACAAAUAACCCACAGAACAUAAGCAAUUCGGGAGUAAUAAGUGCCACCAUGAGUGAUCAUGAGAUGGUUUAUUGUGUUUGCAAAUGGAAUUGGAAAAAAGCACCAUCCCAAACUAAAACGUUUAGAAACUAUGCUAAUUACAAUAAUGCAAAUUUUUGUGAACACCUCAAAAAUGUUAAUUUACAUCCCGAAGGCGAAGAAAGUUCAGCUGAUGUUAAUGAGCUCUGGGACGCUUUUGAAAAGGGCUUUGUUUCCAUUGCCGAUAAACAUGCACCUAUUAUUGAGGAUAAUAGCAAUGAUAGCAAGGCGUUUAGGAAAACGAUAAAAAAGGUUUUACCAGGCGAAAGUAAGAAAUUAUCUCCUACUAUGUUUGAUGAAAAUGACAAUGUUUGUCACAAUAAGCAUCGUAUCGCAAACAUGUUUAACAGAUUUUUUGUGACUGUCGUUGAUCAUCUUUGUGAGUCAUUUGUGACUCCCAUCGUGGCUACUUGGAAUAAUGUCGCUGUUGGGCAUCUACAAGAAUCUCACCGCCAACCUUUUCAGUUUAACGAUGUCACAGAAAGUUUCGUCUUAACUCAACUUAGUUGUUUAAAGAUACUGAAAGCUUCUGGUUUGGAUAAUAUCCCCCCUCGUCUUCUUAAAGACAGUGCUACUAUUAUUGCCGAGCCUCUCGCGAAUAUUAUCAAUGUUUCCUUACGUCAAAGCAAGGUACCCGAUGCUUGGAAAGCCGCCCGCGUGAUCCCGUUGUUUAAGAAGGGAAAAGUUGAAAAUGUAAGUAACUAUCGGCCAAUUUCCAUCUUAUCAGCCGCGUCAAAACUGCUGGAAAAAGCUGUUCACAUGCAGCUUUGUGGUUACCUGUUGGAGCAUAAGAUCCUGAGUCCGUACCAGUGUGGCUUUCGCAAGCUCCAUUCUACCCAAUCUGCUGCUCUCUCGUUCGCUGAUACCAUCAGGCGUAACAUCGAUCAAGGAAUCAUGACUGGAGCUGUGUUUAUAGAUUUAAGUAAAGCCUUUGACAGCAUUGACCAUAGCAUCUUAUUGAAGAAGCUCUUCUCUAUGAGUAUUGUUAGCAGGGAACAUGAAUGGUUUGCGGACUAUCUUCGAGGUAGAACGCAAAUUGUUGAUUAUCAAGGAACGUUUUCAGAUCAAGAGGCAGUUACUGUUGGUGUACCCCAAGGGUCUAUUCUCGGCCCUUUGCUGUUUGUAUUACAUGUGAAUGAUUUGCCGAGUGUUAUUCGACAUUUCCAGAUUCUUAUGUACGCCGACAACACAGUAGUUUUUUAUUCUGGGAAGAUUGUGUCAACAAUUGUGAGUAAACUUACUGAAGAUCUUGAUGUUAUCGGUUUGUGGCUAUGCAGUAACAGUUUGUUUCUAAAUGUAACUAAGACUGAAGCUAUGUUGUUUGGUACAAAGGCUAGACUUUCUCAAGUUGAUGACUUCUGUGUAACAUUUAAUGGAAAUCCGAUAAAACGUGUAUCUGAAUUUAAAUACUUAGGAAUUCAGUUUGAUGAAAAAAUCUCAUGGAAUACUCAUGUUAAGUAUAUUACUUCAAGAGUAGGGAAACGAUUAGGCAUGCUAAGGUGUAUACGGGGUAACAUAACAUCACAUUGUGCGAAUGUGAUUUAUCUAUCCUAUGUAAGACCCAUUCUGGAAUAUUGCAACAUUGUUUGGGAUAGUUGUGGUGUUUGUAAUAGCACCUGUUUAGAAAAACUUCAAAAGAUGCGCAGCUAGGAUUACAAUGAACAUUAGUGAUAGUGACGAAGCUAUGGACAAACUGAAAUGGCCGACUUUACAGAAUAGGCAGGAAAACCAUGUUUUUAAAGUUGUUAAAAAGUGUAUUAAGGGUCAUUGUCCUCAAUUUUUUAAGGAUUAUUUCACUUUUAUAAUGUGAUACAUAACCGUACAACAAGGCAAAGCAAUAUGCUUCAUUUGCCAAGGGUUCAAACAGAAACCGCAAAAUGCUCCUUUUAUUAUAACGGUUGUAAGAUUUUUAAUAGACUUAAUUCUUAGUAUUUUUAUAAUGUAGCUUACUAGUUUAUAGCAGUAGCAGUAGUAUAUUUUGUAUAUUCAUGUAAUUUUAAUAGUACUAUAGCUGAUCAAAUUUACAGGGCCCCUAUUGAUAGCAGAAGCUUGUCUUCUGAAAGGGUAACCCUGUUGAAAUAAAGGCAUUACAUUACAUUACAUUACAUUACAUUACAUUACAUUACAUUACAAGAGCAUAUAAUUUUAUACAAUAAAUGAAAUUCUAAGAAAAUCCUAUAGAAUAGUGGGCAAGAUUUUUACAAUUAAACAAACAAAGCUCACAUGUAUAUAAUUGGCUUAUAAUACACCAGGCGCGAAGGACAGUCCUGUUGUUUGAGUGGGAUUUUCGUUCUUUUUCAAGCUUGCACCACUUACGUGUAAGUAACCAAUUGAAAGAGCAUAUAAUUUUAUACUAUAUAUGAAAGUUUAAGAAAAUCCUACAGCAUAGGGGGCGCAAAAUCUACAAAUUAAAUGCAGGAAGUUCCUCGCAACACAUAUACUGUAUAAUUAUUAACUAUGGUAUAUCAGAUGCAUGUAAUACAGUCCAAUUUGAGUGGGAUUUUCGUUCAUUUUAAGGCUUGCAUACAUACUUGUAAGUUACCAUGUAAAAGAGCAUAUAAUUUUGUACAAUAUGUGAAAGCUCAAAAAAAUUGUAUACAAUAGAGUGGAAGUUAUGGAUGGUUUAAAGGGGCAAUUUUUGACAGCGCACAUAUAUCAUUGACUUUGUAUAUAUCAGAAUUAAUUAGGAUGAGGCGUGCAAUAUAGUCAAAUUUUGAGACGGAUUCUCGCUAGUUUAUAGGCUUGCACCGCUUACGUUUAAGUAACGAUUUGGAAGAGCAUAUAUUUGCAUACAAUAUAUGAAAUUUUAAGAAAAUCCUAUAGAAUAGCGGGGUUGGAAUUGAAUCAUUUAUAAAACAAUUCUUGACAGUUUUUUUAGUACAGGCUGUAUUUGGCACCUGUGGUUAUAUUGUUAGUAAAAUGUCUUUUUGGACUGCUUUGAUGUGCGUUUAUUGGUUUUUAUGCAAUAAAACAUAAAGGUAUUCAUUAGUUAAUAUGAACUAUAUGAUUUAUUUCUUUCUAAUUCAAUCGGAAGAGAAGAAAUGGCUAUAUUUUUCAUUUUUACUUCUCAGUGAUUGAAAUGAGUGAGUUCACACAAUAUCGAAUAUCAUGUUGAAUGUCAUGUUGAAUCUCAUGCGUAAUUCACAGUGGUGGCAAAGCCAGAUACUUCGUAUGCUGCUUUACAUAAUUUAUGUAAUAUUCAUACGGAAAAGAAGAGAUGGCAAAUACUUUCAUUUUUAAAAAUUCAGAAUUUAAAAAUUCGGCUUCCCUUGGCAUGUUGUUGAUAAGCCAAACACAAAUACCAGAUAUUCCAUCGCUCUGGAGCAGUAGCCAAUUUCAUGCCACCAUAGCAAACUAUAGCAUUUGGCCCAUUGUGAUUGGUUUGCUACAUUUGAACGUAGCAAACAAUCAGAAUGCUGUAUAUGCCAAUUUGCACCACGAGCACAUUCCAAAGAAUUUUAAAUAUUUUCAAACUUGGAAUUUUGACUCAAAUUUGCAAUAUUUUGUGGAGAUUUUUCUGCCAAAGUAUGGUAUAAUUGCCAAGUCAUUGUGAUUUGGCCCAAAUUUCAAAGAAAAAGGCGAUUUCCUGGGAACUUGUGUCGAAAUUGAUUUGAUAUAUAAUCUUGAUUUUCGCUGACAGCAAUUCUUCUGGCUUACGUUUUUGUUAUUUUUCUAUAAUUUGUGCUGUGUGUGUUCGUCUACCUCCAAAAUCAGUCAAAAUCAAAGGAAUUGGUAGAAAAAACCAUAUUUUUAAUGUUUUUAGCUAUUUUUUGCCGAAUAUACUGAUAAGUGUUCAUUUUACAAAAAAAUAAACACUUAUCAGAAUGAAACUAAACAAAAAAUACACUUAUCUGAACAAAUGAAAUACUUAUCAUGUCGGGUGUCAUGUCGGUAACAAGGUUCAAAGCGCAGUGUGCCAAAUACAAAUAAUUCUUUUAAAAAACGCCCAUCAAGUCUAAUCAGAACAAAAAAUAGAAGAUAAGAGUACAGAGGAGAUGAACAAAAAUUUAGGAAGUGAAGUUAAACUACAAGAUAUAUUUGAGUUGAUAUCUGGUAUGAGCAAGAAGAUGGACAAGUUGGAUAUUAUCCAAGAAAAUAUGGAAAAUAUACAGGCGGAAUUGAAAGAUGUAAGAAAAUCUAUUGAAUACGCUCAUAGCGAAAUUGAUGAUCUGAAGAAGAUCUGA